UGAAAAUUUCUCCUUAACCCGCACUCAAAUUAAAAAAUACGCGCACGAGGUGCACACAGCACACUCCAUUUUCUUCACAUGGCCUGGACAAAUUCAACCUAGGCAUGAAAUAAGGAGAAGUAAAAGAAAAUUGCUGUCCAUUGACUUCCAUCUUACAUCCUGCUCUGGAACUCAAGCAGUUUGUAAAAGCUGUCCACUUUCUUCUAUCAACAAUGGCCUCGUGCCAGUUCCUCUGCAGUCACCAACUCUACUCGUCCGCAAACGGCAAACCCCACUCGAAUUCCUUCAGUAAAAGCAGUUUCUUACUACCCUGUUCGAUUAAGCCAAAUGGGUCAUCGAUUGUCCAGAAAAAAUGUAAAUCUUUAAGGUCCCUUUUCGUCAAAGCCACAGCUUCUGAUUCGAAAACUGGCAGAAAACAAGUGGAGGUUGUCUAUGAUUUUGAAGGUAAGUUUAACAAGCUGGCAGAUGAAGUGGAUAAGGAUGCUGGGUUGUCAAGGCUCACUCUUUUUUCGCCUUGUAAGGUGAAUUUGGUGUCUUUUGGAGUGCAGAUUAAUGUUUUCUUGCGAAUAACAGGAAAAAGGGCAGAUGGCUAUCAUGAUUUGGCAUCUCUCUUCCAUGUAAUCAGUCUAGGAGACAAAAUAAAGUUCUCUUUGUCCCCAUCAGAAUCGACAGAUUGUUUAUCGGCCAAUGUCCCAGGGGUUCCUCUAGAUGAGAGAAAUUUGAUAAUUAAGGCUCUUAAUCUUUUCAGGAAAAAGACUGGAGUUGACAAUUACUUCUGGAUCCAUCUUGAUAAGAAGGUGCCUACAGGAGCUGGGCUUGGUGGUGGCAGUAGCAAUGCUGCCACUGCUUUAUGGGCGGCAAAUCAGUUCAGUGGUUGUGUUGCCACUGAAAAGGAGCUUCAAGAUUGGUCUAGCGAGAUUGGCUCAGACAUUCCCUUCUUUUUCUCACAGGGAUCUGCUUAUUGCACGGGUAGAGGCGAGGUUGUUGAAAAUAUUCCUCCAUCUAUACCCCUUGACCUUCCAAUGGUUCUCAUUAAACCGCAAGAGGCGUGCCCCACUGCUGAAGUUUACAAGGCCCUUAGGAUGGAAAAUACGAGCAAGAUUGAUCCUUUGAGUUUGCUAGAGAAGAUUUCAAGUAAUGGAAUAUCACAGGAUGUUUGCAUCAAUGAUUUAGAACCACCAGCUUUUGAGGUCCUCCCAUCUCUAAAAAGGUUAAAACAGCGAAUAGCUGCCGCAGGUCGAGGACAGUAUGAUGCCGUUUUCAUGUCCGGCAGUGGGAGCACUAUCGUAGGUGUAGGCUCUCCAGAUCCUCCUCAUUUUGUCUAUGAUGACGAUGAGUACAAGAAUGUCUUUGUAUCAGUUUCUUUUCAUUGGUUUCAUCUGGACUUUCUGUUUGAUGUGAAUGCAGAGGCCAGCUUUAUUACCCGUCCAACGAACCAAUGGUAUGCGGAACCUAUUUCUACAGACGCUAGCAUUUCAAUCACAGGAUCUUCUUAAUAGCAUGCUCGCGUAAAAUCUUCGUGUAUGAGAAGUGCCAUGCAUAGAUUUUUAAUACUUGGAAAAGAAAAGGAAAAAAAAAAACAGCCAUUCUCCGUUCUUGGUUUGGUUGCCAAAGUGGGCACGCGCAGGAGAUGUAAUGAAUUUCAGCAUGUUUUAGAACACUUCCCAGUAAAACAUGAAACUGUUAGAAGAAAAAUAAAAAUAAAAGCAUAUUUGAAGUGUUUUAGUGAAAAUAAAUUUC